GUAAGAGGAGUUGUUGAACACAGAGCGGACACAAAAGAGAGCUUCACUCCACUCAUGGAUUUUCCCUGGAAAUGGGUGCUCACCAUUUCUCUGGUGGCCUUCUGUCAGGCAGCUGCAGACCCACCGAGUCAUAUGAAUCACUUCAUCGAAGUUGUAAGUUCGAUCGAAGCUGAGAAUCCUGGAAUACGGCCUAUUGGCUUGGUGAAGGAACUGCGUAAAUCAGCACAGUUGGACAGUCCCUUCAUUAAACGUUAUUUGGGGGUUUUGGACCACUGUCAGGCUGUUUUGACCUCCACUGUCUCUGCGUAUCUGUCAACGGCACUGCAUCACAAGGUGACAGAGUCAGGUGUGGAGAAGGGUGUGGUCCUCACUAGUGAUGGCACAACAAUUGCUUUAGCUCCUCUCCUACUGGGCAUUGAAGCUGGCCUGCAGUCAACCGCCAAAGGCCGUGUCCGUGGACUCUACCCACUCACACUGGCCAAAACCUUGGCCGUGUCCUUUCUCCAUCACUCAAAAAGCUCUUCGACCGCUCACCGUUUGGGUCCAGAUGGAUGCUGGGAUAGUGUGACCUCCCCUAAGGUGUUCACUCUCUCAGGAGUUCCCUCUCUGGCCACUGAUGCUCAGGUGAACGGGGGCAUGGACGGAGUGAUCCUGGGAAUGGAAGUAUCUAACCCUUCCCGUCGUCCCAUCAAGCUGAGCACCCUCCUCAAGCAAUACUACAACUACCGUCUUAGGGCCAAGGGGCUGGACAGCGCUCCCAAGCUCAUUAGUGCCCGACGAAGGCAGAACUUUGCACGCUUGUCGAGACCCGGUUACCUGAAGAGGCAGGUGACGGGCACCUUGGCUGUGUAUGAGAAGUUGAGUAGAGACAAAGGGAAACAGAAAAAGAGAAGUGAAGCAAUGCUUGAAAAGAUUAUAGAUGGAGGAAUCAAAGCCUUUGACCACAGAUACACAGUAUGUCCCGCCAUCAUUCCACGCUGCCAAUGGGGAGCAGAGCCGUAUCGCGGCACCCCAACACUUCUCUCUCUGCCUCUGUCCUUCCUUUACAUUCACCACACAUCCACACCUGGCCAGCCUUGCCUGACUUUUGAAGAGUGUUCCAGAGACAUGAGAAGUAUGCAGCGUUUCCAUCAAGAAGACCGCGGUUGGGAUGAUAUUGGAUACAGCUACGUGGCAGGCUCUGAUGGCUACAUUUAUGAAGGUCGUGGUUGGCACUGGCAAGGGGCUCACACCAAGGGCCACAACUCCAAGGGCUAUGGGGUCUCAUUCAUCGGGGACUACAUGGAGACUCUGCCAUCCGAAAGUGCUAGGGACCUUGUAAGGCACAAGCUGGCAGGGUGUGCUGUGAGUGGCGGACGCCUGGUGUCAGAUUAUAUCGUGCAUGGACACAGACAAGUGGUGGCCACCUCCUGCCCUGGCGAUGCCUUCUAUAAAAAUGUGCAAACCUGGGAGCACUACAGGGAAGUCCAGAGCUGAAGAUUGCAGGGGAGAGGAAACUUAUCUUGAAGCAAGUACUUCAGAUGAUUAAAUUACUUAUGACUUAAUAAUCCGAUCGUUUCUUUAUUUGUACUUUAACCUUGUGUUAACAGAGGGUGGGACAAAAAUGCACGGCACCCUGUCAUAUAUAUAUAUAUAUAUAUAUAUAUAUAUAUAUAAAAAGCACUUAAAAGGUAUAGCAUCACCACCUCCAACAUGUAUUAUUUUCCAUGACAACAGAACACUGUGUUGCCCAUCAUCCCUUACUGAACAUACAAGGGCAGUUAUGUCUAUGAUUGACACUGCUGCCAUCUUCAGGUAAAAAAGGGAAUGGCAUGGAGUUUUUACAAUCACUGCAAUUUACUCAAGACACACAUGCCAGUUGGCCCAAACAGACAAGGUCAAUGCCCAGGCUAGGUCUUUUUUAUAUAUAAAAUGUUUUAUUUGAAUGUCUUUUAUUUUGACAUCUUUUCUGUCGGUUCACCUGUGUUCCUUGAUCACAUUCCAUAUUAGUUCAUUGUCAGGUCACCUGCAUAGGCUUGAGGUAUUGUAUCUGUAAACAUAUGCUAUGACCACUCCAUGGCAAAGUGAUAUUUGAACAAAUUGGGAGAAUGAUUUCCUCCCCAAGUAUUUGUCAAGGUCUGGUGAACUGGCCUGUGAUGAUUGUAUUAUUUGUGUUAUAUUUGUAAUAUUAUGUUUUUAUUAAAAAGAAAUUCUAAACCAUAA